AUGACACCAAACGAAAGUAAAGUUAUCAAGGAUAAUCCCGAUAAAAAGUCUCUCAAGGAGUUGACUUUCUCUGUAAUCGGCGACGAUGGUGUUAGGCGAAAUAUUCCUGCAUUGGAUAAACAUUGGGCACCACGAUCCAUAUUUUCCAGCUACACUGGCCUGGUAGUUUCCGGUGGCCAUUUCAAGGAGGGAGCUGCCUUGGAGGAAUGGAAACAUGAAGCGGAAACUUUCAAAAAUGAUAUGGAAUUUUUGUUAAGCCUAAGCCAGCAUGAAUUUUGGUCAUAUUUGUUGUAUCAACAAUCUGCCCUGGCGGCGAUUGUUUCAUUUUUACAAAAAGCCACACCAUUCUAUAUAAAUGUAUUCACCGAAUUACCUGCAGCCGAAAUUCAAGAGCUCUAUGAGUGUAUUCUAAAUCUGAUUUUACGCAUAAUAUGUCGCAUACUCUCACCCAAGGAGUCCAACGAAUCAUGGUUGAAAAAAGACGAAUUGAAGAUGUUGAUAUACGAAAAUUAUCUUGUUUCCAUUCCCAUGCUUUUCGACCUAUUAGUAGCGGUGGGAAAUGCUACUCGUGAAAAUAGUGAAUUGCUGAAGAAGAUUUUCGAUAAUCUUUUACUGCUACAACCGAAUUAUAAAAAGGAUUUACAACAUGCUUUAACCUAUUUCCGCGUGGCAUUCCGUUCGAUACAUACCCAAACGGAAAAUGAGGGUUUUGAAGGUGCCGGUGGUGGUUUACCCGAUGAAUGUUGUGAAACGCCCUUUGAUGAUGUUGUCCUCUACACAUUGGAUUGUGCUUUCACAUUGAGUGUGCUGUUGGAUGUAUGUCCCGCUGCCAAGCAGAUAUGUUCGGAAAUUAAAUUGGCACAAGUCAUUGCCAACUUCUAUGAUAAUACACUGCCGUUCCUUUAUAAAAAUAUUUAUGUGAUAAAUGAACAAUCCAAAAGUCUUUUGUGGAUAAAUCAUGCUCGUUUCCAGUUUUUGAAAGCAUUUCGUUGCAUUGCCUAUUCUUAUGUUGAAGCUGUUUUGACGAAACCAGAGACUGGUCUCAUGGCAGCUGAGGAAUUCAUUGGCCUUAUGACGGAAUGUUUAUCUGAACAAACAUUUGUGGUUGAUUAUGAACGCCACUAUCCCUUAUCGUUUGAUGUCGAUAUUUUAAAACAGGCCUGUCCAGAUGUGGAUAGUUUCAAAGCCGAUUUUGUUGUUGAUGGCUAUCGCCGCGAAUGUGCCAGUGCAGCAGUAGACAAUAUAAAUAACAACAAUAUCAAAGAAGAAAUUUACAAUGAGAGUCCCAGUCCAACAUUGCCAAAUAGCUCAGAAGAAGCUGCCAAUAACCUAACACCCAAGGAUAACAGUAAUUCGAACGAAACUUCUGCAACAAACAGAGAUUUAGAAUUAGAAGUUACAGUAGUGCUCGAUUGUUUACCACACCUGGGCACUGGUUUUGUACGACGUGUGCUCAGCCGUUAUUACAAUGCCGAGGAGGCAAUAUCUGCAGUUCUGGAAAAUAAUUUACCACCCGAUCUAGCUGAAGCUGAUCAAACUGAAGUCUAUAUACCACCAGAUCCCCAGGACAAAAUCUAUAAAGAUACGGGUGUUAAACAUUUUAAUAUCUUUGAUGGCGAUAAAUACGAUAUAAUGACUCAGGAUAAUCCUCAGUGUAUUAUAAAGAAGGGUAAAGGUAUGCCGAAUGUGCCCAAAGAUGCUGCACAAUUGCUCGAUGAUAAACGCGAUUUGGCUGCCAUACGACAUAAAUAUCAAGAAUAUUCCUUGGUCACCGAGGGCGAUGAUGAGGCCGGAGAGAAUGAUGAAUAUAACGACGAAUAUGAUGACAGUUAUGAAGCUUUGCUGGAGAGUGAAACUCGUGUUGUAAAAUCGAAAGAUAUGAAACAAGUUUUGGCAAAUGUAGCCGAUGAAUCGGAAGAUGAUGAAAAUGAAUCGGAGGAGGAGGAUGCGAGUCAAAAGGAAAAUCGUAAAAAUAUGAACUUUUGUGAAAAUCCAGAAGAUAUACGGGCCCGUUACGAAGCUAGGCGGCAAGCUAAAUGGUCCAAGAAGGGACAAGCACCUCCAGCGCCACAAAACUUUGAUGUGGUUGGCAAACAAAAGGGCCAGGGGCAAGAGAAAGAUGUUUUGCGAAAUCGCCAAAAGAAAGAGGCCAAUAAAUCGUCACGAGCCAAUCAUAAUCGUAAGGCUGGUGCAGCCUUUAAACGUAGUAAGGGUAUGCUUUAA